GAGAAGUGGCUGGUCGGCGGUCGAGCUUGGCAGUCAAGGGUGGCCGUGCAGAGCAAGAUACGGUGGAGCCCCUGGGCCCAACCAGUCAGUUUCCGACGCGCGGCGGCCCAAGCGCUGAAGGUUGCGGCGGAGCCAGCUAUCGUGGUCACGGGUCACCUCUCACUGGUCAACGAGCCCAAGCGCGACGGAACGAUCAACGCAGGGGCUCGUGCUAAUCAUGCUGGGUUCUGGAGACAGAUGAUGGAGCUGACCAAAGGAGAGGAGAGGCCCAUUUUUCGCCGGCAAGGACCCCAUCUUUCGUAUGACCAGGCGGUGGGGAAGGAGUGUGACCUCGUCGACUGGAUCGGGAAUCGGUGGGGGGAUUUCUUCGCGGGCCUGGGCAGGGACGACGUCUUCCUCCCAGAGAGCUUCGUGCGCGAUUGCAAGAUGAAGUCCGGUAACUCGGUGGACGCGAUUACCAUUCUGGGGAAGUUGGCGCAGCGACGCGCGGAGUGGGCGCAGAAGCUCGAGCGGAAUGGGUCGACCAAAGCUGGCCCAGCCAAGAUACCAGCGGCGAACAUCGAGUACCACGAGUUAUGGCACAAUCCUGACCCUA